AUUGACAUAAGUUAUCAAUCAAUACAAAUAUUUAAAAUUUUAAUAUAGUUUUAUAAAGCGCGUAUUUUACAUAUCAUAUUAAUUUUAUAUUUCGGGAACAGGAUAUUUUUAUACUAUAUUUUUUAUUUAUUUGAGAUGAGUGUUAAUACUGAUGAAAGCAAAGAUUUAGACAACACGUUAGAAGAUGGGGCAUGGUUGGAUUCUUUUGACAAGUUAUUGGAGCCAAGACCUGUAUUACGACAGUUAAAUAUUUUGAAAAAGGACGUGCAUGCUUCAUUCAAUCGAGACUCUAGUGUGGAAAACAGUCUAAACAGUAGAGCAAAUGAAUCGGAUCUGUUGAAUCCUUCAAGAAUAUUGCCAAGCGAUAUUAAUGAAGAUGCACAACGAAAAUCAAGUUCAAUUUCCACACCACUAGUGCAGCGUGGACUGAAAGUGGAUCCGUUUAAAUGCACAUUAUCACCUAUUGGCGCCUGGCGACUUUUAUAUUUUGAUAAAAGUAAUAAAAAUAUUAACGAGGACGACAUGUGUUUAGCGAAACAAAGAAGGCAAUCAAACUGCACACCUUUAACCCCUAGUAUACAAGUAGUUGAUUGCGACGAGCCGGUUAAAAAACCUGCUUUAAAAAUAAUUGAAUUUCAAGACUCGUCUCCAAUAUUGAGUAGACAUUCAAAUCGGAUCCAAUAUGCUAUGAGACCAAGAAAAACGAGGCAGGUAUGCUUUGAGGCAACAAAUGACAAAACAACUAAUACGACAAUGGCAAAGUCAGUAAACAUGCUGGAAAACGGUAAAGAUGGCAGAAAAGAAGAUUCCCCAAGUCAGCGAGUCCCUAGUCUUACAUUGCAACCAGGCAAGUGGCGAAAAUCAAUUAGUGCCUGGCGACGCAAACAAGUUGAAAAUCGCCCAAGUUCGUUAGCAAGACGAGAAUCAGAUAAUCCUAAUAGAUCAGUGCAAUUUAUUGGUUGCCAUGGAUAUAUUGUUGGCAAAAGAAAAUCUAUAUAUUUCAAAUCUGAGCGUAUUUCUGAAAAUCUGAUACCCAUAACCAUACCUCAAAGUGAAGACGAGUGGGAGCGUCGUGUUUUGAUCCGCUGCAAUCAAUUAUGUCCUCUACCAUUUGUGGAGCUAUAUUCGGCCGAUAAAUUGACACAUUGUGUAAAAAUUGGUGAAGGUGCUUAUGGUGAGGUGUUUUUGAACACGCUGAGUAAACGUAAAAUGCCAGAUGUAAAUAGUACGGUUAUGAAAAUCAUACCAAUUGAAGGAGCAAUUGAUGUAAAUGGUGAGAAACAGAAGACAUUCGAAGAAAUAUUGCCAGAGGUGGUGAUUUCAAUAGAAUUGGCAAACUUACGUAAAUGUGUAGAUGCAAAAAAUUUCACCAGCGGGUUUGUCAAUGUUAAAAAGGCUGCUUGUGUCAAAGGCCAGUAUCCAGAGCAUUUGAUAAAACUUUGGGAAAGCUUCGACAAAGAUAAAGGCUCCGAAAACGACCAUCCUGAUAUAUUUGAUGACACACAAAAAUAUAUAGUGCUGGAGUUGGAGUUUUGCGGUCGAGAUUUAGAGAGUUUCCAAUUUCAAAAUGCUGAACAAUCAUAUUGUGCACUUCUUCAGAUUGUGCUUACACUAGCAGUAGCUGAACAGGCAUUUCAGUUUGAACAUAGGGAUUUACAUUGGGGAAAUGUUUUAUUAAUGAGCACCAAUAUGAAAGUGUUGGAAUUUACAUUGGACAAUCAAACAUUUGCCGUGCCUACAAAAGGUGUUAAAACUACUAUAAUCGACUAUACUCUCUCACGUAUGUCUUUUGAUAACUGUUGCCAUUAUAAUGAUAUCUCUUCUGACGAAGAUCUGUUCACCGCUACCGGGGACUACCAAUUUGAUAUUUAUCGUAUGAUGCGCGAUCUAUUAGGCAAUAACUGGGAAUCUUUUGAGCCACGCACAAAUAUAUUUUGGAUAUCAUACAUAAUUACGAAAAUGACUGACGGUGUUAAAUAUAAAAAUACCAGAAGCAAAAUACACUCUACAUAUCUUUCAAAGUUGAAUAAUCUCAUUGUCACUGUGAUGAAUUUUAACAGUGCGAUCGAAUUUUCUAAAUUUUUAAUGGAGUCACAAGUUUAAAAUAUUUUAUAUCAGUUCUUAUUUUCUAUAUUUAACUAUCGUAAAUUUUAUUUUUUAAUGUCUCGACGGGUAUGAACUUUUUAAAUAUGAAGAUUGCUUGGCUUAUUAUUUGGAUCUCAAGUUGUCAAUAGCAUAAAUAAUAGCAGAGGUUACAUUUUUACGAAUUAAUUUUGAUAUGAAUAUUAAAAAUUAUUCCUUUUUUCCUUUAUUUUGCUGUAAAGAGUAUUUUCUCUACAUUUUGCGUUCUUGGCAUUAAUCUAUGAUAUUUUGACAAAGAGCUUAUUCUUUUAUUAUGACUUUAUUUGAGCUGGCUUGUUGCUCUUUUUAUUGAUUUCUUUCUUUACAACUUUUGACAAUAUAUUUAUUCAAGAUUUUAUUUUAAAAAAUGAAUACAAAAACUUUAUGCUCGUUAAUCCAGGAUCAAAAUAUAACUCAAUUAGGUUAACAUAUUUUCCUCCGGUAGCAAUGUAUUUUCUGCAUGUACAAAUAUUUUUAUUUUUGUUAAGAGACGAUGUAAUUGAAAUAAUAUACAUACAUAUAUGUUUUAGCUGAGCAAAA